AUGGAUUCAUUACCAACACUUGAUCCUGUACAUAUUGAUAAGCCAUUGAAAUCAUCAUUUUCAACAGUUUCUCCUAAUUUACCUGAUAUAUUACCAACAACAAUAUCGCAUAAACGUCAACCAAAAAAACGUGUUCGAUUUGCAUUAAAACUAGAUCCUGUCGACGAAGAAUCAGCACCACCAAGUCGAGAAAUUUCAUUCUCAGCAACAUCACAAUUAAAUAAGAGAGUUAUUGAUCCUUGGCGACAACAUCGACCACUUUAUGGAGCUUAUUUUGAAUAUUUAGAAAAACAAGAUAGAUUACCAAAUAUUGAAAAUGAAAUUCGCCAUGUACCACCACCCGUACCACCACCACCACCUGAACCUGGUACGGCACCACCAACAUAUACACAUACAUUUAUUAUACAAAGUAAAUCACCAGAUCUCGUUAUUGAUUCAAUUACAAUAUCGACACCACCACAUAAUUUACCUCGUAUUAUUCAUCGAAACAAAAAACCUGUAGAACAACAAUUGUCAUCAAUCGAUACUUUGUUUAAACAACCACUAAAAAUAUCAACUCCACCACGUAUGACACAUACAAGAAAAGAAACAAAUAUAUCUAAUCAAAAAAAUCAUGAUACAUUAGUAAAUACGGCUUUAAAACGAGUUGAAGUAAAUACACCCUCAACGAAUGGAUUACAACCAAAUAAUAAACUUAUUCGACGAGAUAAUUUAUUUACAUCAAAAUAUAUUAAUGAUCACGUUCAAACUAAAAAAAUAACUGAACCUUCUACAAAAUCAUUAUCAGGUGCAAAUAAUCAAGUAUAUCAUUUUCCUGAACGUCCUAUUUUACCAAAUUAUUCAAGAAACCCAGCAAUGCCAAAUCAUACUCAUCGUACAUAUGAAAAAUCAAAUAUGAAAACAUGCCACUUUUAUGAAAAUCGUGAUAAUGAUUAUCUUUUUCAACCAAUUAUUCAUUCAACUCAUUGA